GACUCAUUACCCUCAAUGACAGGCCGGGGGCGGAGACGUGAUACGGCCAAUCCGAUGGCUGUACAUUCCAUCCUUUUACAUUAGAAACCACGUUAGCAACAGGUGGUGACGUCACGGGGAGCGCGCUGCGCGGCCCCGCGGUGCUGAGCAUGGAGCUUUCUGCGGUUGGCGAGCGAGUAUUUGCGGCAGAAUCGCUGCUCAAAAGACGUAUCCGGAAGGGUCGCAUGGAAUAUCUGGUGAAAUGGAAGGGCUGGUCUCAGAAGUACAGCACUUGGGAACCAGAGGAGAACAUUUUGGAUGCAAGAUUGGUGUCUGCAUUUGAGGACAGGGAGAGAGAGAGGGAAAUGUAUGGACCAAAAAAAAGGGGCCCAAAACCGAAAACGUUCCUUCUAAAGGCUCAAGCUAAAGCAAAUGCAAAGACCUAUGAAUUCCGAAAGGACUCUACUCGUGGUGUAAGAAUUUCUUACCCUGGUCGUCCUGAUCAGCAAGUACCAUCAUCUGGGUCAAGGGAAGGGUUAAGAAGUGCCCCAAACUCUCCACAAGAGAGCAGCGGGGCAAAUGAUGAUGUCUUUAAAGAGAUAUUAACCAGGCCUGAUAAUGAAGGGGAGCGAUUUACCUUACACUUUAAGAAAAAGAAACAUCACCGUGGAAAGGGACUACAUAAGGAAGAUGCUCAAACCAUAAGAAUGUCUCCUACUAACCAUAGUAGUCAGGUUGAACAUGUGCCUGGUUCUACCAGAGUACAUGAAGCAGGAGCACUAAAAUAUAAAUCAACAUACAGCGUCAUACAGCUUGCAAGACGGCAGAACUCAGAACUGGGGUCAACAAGCCAGACCGAUCUUUGUUUCUCACCUAAGGAACUUGGAGAUACACACGCAAGGCACAAUCAAAAGUCAAGUUAUGAUGGACAUACACACAAGACAAAUUUUAGAAGUGGUACUAAAAGUUCCAAAUCCCAAGAGACAAUCAUCCCAAAAAACAGGCACAACUCUGGAUACCAUCGGCAUGUAUCUGAUUUCUACAAAGAUGCUUUGGUAACACAUGGCGGAAAGCCCUCUCUCAUUGCUCGUAUUCCUGUGGCCAGAAUACUUGGGGAACCAGAAGAUGAGACUUGGAGACCCUCAGCAGACAACUUGGAGAAAGUAAUAGUGACAGAUGUGACUUCAAACUUUCUGACAGUGACAAUAAAGGAAAGCAACACAGAUGAAGGAUUUUUUAAAGAUAAAAGAUGAUCAUAUUUAAUAUAUUUGUAUAUGUAGCAUUCACAGAGUUAGGUGCUGUAGUAUUUUAUAUGUAUGUGUAAAUAUUAUAUACCCAUACAUUUUUCACAAGUACAUAAACCUUUGUAAAAUAUAUUGUAAAAUAAUUAAAUAAUUCCUUAUAUAAAGA